AUGUUUGAGAAGCAAUUUGCAGCUGAUAAAGAGCGCUUCAAUCUUGAAGAUACGCGAGAGACUGAACGCACCAACCUCAAGACGGAUCGUAUCAAACGUGAAGACAAGCGGGAAAAAUCACAAGACAGGAAGGACAACCAGCAACAUGCCGAUCAACUUGAAUGGGAGCUUGAAAAAUUUAACUGUGAGAAAAAGUUGGUCACAGAUCGAGAGACAAAAGCUGAUCAACUGCAAGGAGAAAAGAAUAAGAUGGUCAUGGAGCUCCUUUGUGAGGGAAAGUCAACAGCCGAGGUUGAAACUAUCAUCAAUAUGAUAUAUGGAUAG